AUGUCGAUCAAAGCAGACGGCAUUUGGGCAGCGUCCCCCUCGACGACUCGAGGCCAGUCAACACCCCUUAGUUCCAGCUCGGAUGGCCAGUCGAUAGCCUACGCAGCCAACAAGUCCAUCUUUGUCCGCAACAUCGACGACCCGAGCAUCGCAAGACAAUACACCGAUCAUGUUACCCAGACCACUGUCGCUCGCUUCUCGCCCAGCGGCUUCUACGUAGCGAGUGGUGAUGUUUCAGGUACCGUACGCGUAUGGGACUGCAAGGGUGAGGGUGCCACCAAGGGAGAAUACCACAUCAUUGCUGGUCGUAUCAACGACAUUGCCUGGGACGGCGACUCGCAGCGUAUCAUCGCCGUCGGAGACGGCAAAGAGCGCUUCGGCCACUGCAUCACUGCCGACAGCGGCAACAGCGUUGGUGAGAUUUCUGGUCACAGCUCGCAGAUCAACUCCGUGUCAAUCCGUCAGCAGCGUCCUCUGCGUGCUGCCACUGGCUCAGACGAUACCAGCCUGGUCUUCUACCAUGGAGCGCCCUUCAAAUUUAACACCAGUCUACGUGGAAAGCACGACAAGUUUAUCUACGGCACCGCUUUCAGCCCCGACGGCAGCACUCUUGUCAGUGUCGGUAGUGACAGACGUAUCUGGCUGUACGAUGGCAAGACGGGCGAGGCCAAGAACCAGAUCGGUGAAGGAGAGCACAAGGGUAGCAUCUUUGGUGUUUCGUGGUCCCAGGAUUCAAAGAAGAUUGUCACCGCCAGUGCUGAUCAGACUGUCAAGAUCUGGGAUGUUGAGGCUGGUAAAUGUGUCCAGACAUGGCGCAUGGGUGAAGAGGGUGUCGUAAGUAUUCCCCACCAGCAGGUUGGUGUCACUUGGCCCGGCGGCCGUAGCGAUGGCCUUAUAAUCAGUGUUGAUCUGGACGGCAACCUAAAUUACUUCCAAGAAGGCAAAGACAAGCCUGUACGCGUCGUUCACGGCCACCAGAAGGCCAUCACCGCCGCUGGAUAUACCCCCAAGGACAAGACUUUGUGGACUGGAAGCUACGAUGGUCGCGUACGUGCUUGGGACCUUUCAACCGCUGAGGCUAAGAGCGUCGAUGGCGAAUCUCCUAAGAACUAUGUCAGCGCUUUUGGAUCGUCGGAAAGCGAUGGCCGUAUCUACUCCGUUUCCUGGGACGACACGCUGAGAACCAUCGACUCAUCGACACAUUCUUUCACUGGUUCCUCGAGCAAGACCGAAGGUCAGCCCAAGAGCGUUGCGGUCGCAUCUUCAGGUUCGAAGCCUGUAACUUUGGUGGCCACCAACUCCGCCCUCACUCUCUACAAGGAUGGCGAGCAAGUUGGAUCUCAGGCUGUCUCUUUCACACCUACCAGCAUUGCCGCCAAGGGUGACAUCGUUGCCGUCGGCGCAGAAGACAAGGUCGUCCGAAUUUACACACUCUCGGGCAACGCCUUGUCUCCCGCCGCGGAGCUCCGUGAUGCCACUUCUGCCGUCUCGACCCUGUCUUUCUCGUCGUCGUCUGCAAACCGUCUCGCUGUCGGUCUAAGCAACGGAAAAAUAUACGUCUACACAUCCUCAUCGCCGUCAGAAUGGGCGCUGACAACUAACCGUUGGUCUGCCCAUACUGCUCGUGUCACCUGUAUUACCUGGUCGCCAGAUGGCGAGAAGGCUGCCAGUGGUGGUCUUGAUACCAACAUUUUCGUCUGGAGUCUCGCUGACCCAGGUAAGCGGGUAAAGGCUAUGAAUGCCCACAAGGACGGCGUUGGCGGUAUUGCCUGGACAGAAGACUCAAAGGUCAUCAGCUCUGGAGCCGAUGCUGCUGUCAAGGUCUGGAAGGUGGAGAAUGUGCAAUAG